GCCACAGUCAUUUUCCUCAUCUCUUGCACAGUUGUCAGCCGUCGGCCCGUGCUUUAAGGAAAACAAGCGCCCCUCUCUCGCUGGGCUCAGGAACAGGAAGUCAGGAAACAGGAACAAUCUCGGAGAAAAGUUGCAAUACAAGUUUAUGAAAGAUGAGCCGAAUUUAUCACAACACGUCUCUACAGAACAAACCAGUGCACAAUGAGAAAUUUGACCGCGUGUGGUCUCCCUCUACGUAUGAAAGCGGCCAGGGGGUUCUUCUAGAAGGAAAGCUACUGGAUGUUUCCAGACAUGCCAUCAGUGACAUCAACAAUCAAAAGGUCCGUUUCUACGUGCUGUACAUCAAACCCAGCCGCAUCCAUCAGAGGAAGUUCGAUGUCGGUGGUACGGAGAUGGAGCCAAACUUCAGUGACACCAAAAAGGUCAACACCGGCUUCCUCAUGUCCUCCUACAAGGUGGAGGCUAAAGGGGAGUCGGACUGUCUGUCUGAGGAGCAGCUGUCAGCGAUGGUGAACAAAGCUGAGCUGGUGAAGAUUACUGACCAGCACCGACCCAGCGGGACCUGGGCCUUCUGGUACCCAGAGUCAGAGAUGGACACAACCGAGCUGGAAACGGGACAGGAUAUACGGCUGAAGACCCGAGGAGACAGUCCUUUUAUAUUCUCCUUAGCCAAAGUGGACGGCGGCACGGUGACCAAGUGUAACUUUGCUGGCGAUGAAAAGGCCGGGGCGUCGUGGACGGACAAGAUCAUGGCCAACAAAGCAGACGCAGUCAGCACUCAGAAGCCCGGCCAAGGAGAGGGAGCAGAGGAGGAUGAAUGGGAUGACUGAAGAAGCCGCCCCCCCCCAUCAGCCUGAUGUCUUGGCUCUGUUCCAGUCUCCAGGGUGAACUGCUUCAGUUUGGAUCCAUUCCUGUGUCUCUGUCUUGGCCUUGGGACUCCCACAUUUUACCGGGGUACUUAACCUCUUACAUAUGUGGCCUUGGGACUGGAAACCUGGCGUCACUUCUACAAUAUGGGACCAGACUCCUCCAGCUCCAUGUGUGUAUCUUAGCUGUGAUGCACACUGUCUUUGAAACUUUACCCUUGUAUACUUUGGAUAAGAUCCCCAAAUUUAUAUGACUGGAAUUUAAGCUCUGCUUUUUUUUAAUCUUUUGGGCUUAUUCUUCUACUCUUGCCUGUUUGUGUCCAAGUUUAAUCCAGAGUAUCUGCAUAGCCUGGUAUUAGUGACCCAAAUAUCUGUAGUUUUACAGCACACUUGUUGCUCCUUCCAUACUGUAAUUGAAGUCCUGUCUAGAGAGACUCGUAUUUUAAAGAGCUGUUUCUCGUUUCACAGGCUCAGUACACCGCUUUAGUUCUGUGUGACAACUGAAGUAUUUGGAAAAGCGUUUGACCACCUGACAGUAGGGUUGGGAACCGAAAACCCAGUUCCAAAUUAGAACCGAAUCCAAAACCAAUCCAAAUGCCAAGAACUGUGUACUCGUAAAAUGAAAAUGAAUUUCGGUUCUGCUUAUCGGCUCCUCAACAACUACACAUGGCGCUCUUUCUGGAUUGGAUGACGCCGGGCUCUGCGAUACAUUUAGUUUUUUGGGGAAGUAUGGGCAGCUGUGUGCGCCAUGGACACACUCGCUACCAGUGUUGCCACAGUUUCUUUGAAAAAGUAACUUAGUUACUUUACAGAUUACUUGAUUAUAAAAGUAAUUUAGUUACUUUACAGAUUACUUGAUUU